UAAUGUUACAGAGCGGAGAGAGUGAGGAGGCUGCGUCUGGCUCCCGCUCUCACAGCCAUUGCAGUACAUUGAGCUCCAUAGAGACAGCGCCGGGGCAAGUGAGAGCCAGACGGGCACUGGGCGACUCUGUGCCUCGCUGAGGAAAAUAAUUAAACAUGGGCAAAGGAGAUCCUAAGAAGCCGAGAGGCAAAAUGUCAUCAUAUGCAUUCUUUGUGCAAACUUGCCGAGAGGAGCACAAGAAGAAGCACCCAGAUGCUUCAGUCAACUUCUCAGAGUUUUCUAAGAAGUGCUCAGAAAGGUGGAAGACCAUGUCUGCUAAAGAGAAAGGAAAAUUUGAAGACAUGGCAAAGGCUGACAAGGCCCGUUAUGAAAGAGAAAUGAAAACUUAUAUUCCCCCUAAAGGGGAAACAAAAAAGAAGUUCAAGGAUCCCAAUGCACCCAAGAGGCCUCCUUCGGCCUUUUUCUUGUUUUGUUCUGAGUAUCGCCCAAAAAUCAAAGGAGAACAUCCAGGCCUAUCCAUUGGUGAUGUUGCAAAGAAACUGGGAGAAAUGUGGAAUAACACUGCUGCAGAUGACAAGCAGCCUUAUGAAAAGAAGGCUGCUAAGCUGAAGGAAAAAUAUGAAAAGGAUAUUGCUGCAUACCGAGCUAAAGGAAAGCCUGAUGCGGCAAAAAAGGGAGUUGUCAAGGCUGAAAAGAGCAAGAAAAAGAAGGAAGAGGAGGAGGAUGAGGAAGAUGAAGAGGAUGAGGAGGAGGAGGAAGAUGAAGAAGAUGAAGAUGAAGAAGAAGAUGAUGAUGAUGAAUAAGUUGGUUCUAGCGCAGUUUUUUUUUUCUUGUCUAUAAAGCAUUUAACCCCCCUGUACACAACUCACUCCUUUUAAAGAAAAAAAUUGAAAUGUAAGGCUGUGUAAGAUUUGUUUUUAAACUGUACAGUGUCUUUUUUUGUAUAGUUAACACACUACCGAAUGUGUCUUUAGAUAGCCCUGUCCUGGUGGUAUUUUCAAUAGCCACUAACCUUGCCUGGUACAGUAUGGGGGUUGUAAAUUGGCAUGGAAACUUAAAGCAGGUUCUUGUUGGUGCACAGCACAAAUUAGUUAUAUAUGGGGAUGGUAGUUUUUCAUCUUCAGUUGUCUCUGAUGCAGCUUCUACGAAAUAAUUGUUGUUCUGUUAACUGAAUACCACUCUGUAAUUGCAAAAAAAAAAAAAAGUUGCAGCUGUUUUGUUGACAUUCUGAAUGCUUCUAAGUAAAUACAAUUUUUUUUAUUAGUA